CUCCCUCCCCUUCUUAUUCCCACUCCCUCUGCCGUCCCUGAACCCAGCCCCUUCCCCCCUUCCUCCCUCCUUCAUCCAUCCCCGACGAAACCAACCAACCAACAAUGGAAGUUGCCGCGCCCAAGCAACUCCUCCCCAUGGCGCCGCGGGACCCCAACUCCCCGUCCUCCUCCACCUCCUCCUCCUCGCCGUCCUCCGCCGCGUCGCCCUCCCACCACCGCCCCAGCCCGCUGCCGCCGUCCCCGAGGCCCGUGCCGCGCACCAUCGACACCACCCCCUUCCCCACCACCUUCGUCCAGGCCGACACCGCCUCCUUCAAGCAGGUCGUCCAGAUGCUCACCGGCGCCGACAUGCCGCCGCCGGCGCCGUCCUUGCAGCCGCAGGCCCAGGCCCAGAGGCCCCCCGCGGCCGCCAACAGCAAGGCCGGCGCCCCGUGCCGGCCCAAGAAGCCGGCUUUCAAGCUCUACGAGCGCCGGAGCAGCAUGAAGAACCUCAAGAUGAUCGCGCCGCUCGCCAUGGCGGCCGCCGCGGGGGCGUCGCCGAGGAAGGCGCUGCCGGAGCUGCUGUCGCCCAGCGUGCUCGACUUCCCGUCGCUGGCGCUCAGCCCCGUCACGCCGCUGGUGUCCGACCCCUUCAACCGGUCCGCGUCGGCGUCCCCGGCGGAGCAGGAGGCGGCCGCGGAGCGCGCGGCCAUCGCGCGGAAGGGCUUCUUCCUGCACCCGUCGCCCCGGGGCGGCGCCGGCGAGCCCCCGCCGCGCCUGCUGCCGCUGUUCCCCGUCACCUCGCCCCGGAUGGCCUCCGCCUCGGCCGCCGCAGCACCGUCGUCGGAGUGAGCGAGUGAGCCGAUCCGCUCCGCCGCGUAGAGCAUGCGACGGCGGCGUACUAUUAAUCAAUUGUCCGGAGUAGCUCGUCCUCGGUGCUAGUAUGUUGUAAUUUUUGCUCGCUUGGUUGAGCGACGGCUCGCGAAGGAACGGAACGGAAAGGAUCACACUCUUUGAGCUCCUCCCCUGCCCUCUUCUGUUCUGUUCUUGGUGGAUCGGUGCUAAUUGUGCCUAAUUUACUCUCAGAAUUAA